GCCGGAGGAAGGAUCUUCAUUUGUCUUUAAUUAUUAUAUUUACUUUUUUUUGGGGUUUUUUUUUUUAAAUUCGUUCCGAGAGUUCUCCUCGUAUAUAAUAAUAGUACGAAGAAAAAAAAGAAAAAGUAGAAAGAAUCUUCAUCGAUCAAAGUUCGUAGAUUCUCUCCCAUCGAUGAUCGUUCGAUUUGCGUUAUUUCAUUCUUUUAGGUUUUUUUCAAUUUUCAUAAAUUGAAAAGAACGAUUUUUUGAAUGAAAUAAUAUCGAUAGAUCGAUGGAUCGAAUAAUACGUAGUUGAUUCGUGUUUGUUCUCUUUUUUUUCUUUAUUUGUCGUGCUACUUGUUCUCGGAGGAUACAAAAUUCGAGAAGAAUAAAAUAUAUAAUCGAUUAAUUGAAAGAUUUGAUCUUUUAGAUCUUCGUGGAGUAUCUUUCUCUCUCUCUCUCUCGAACUUUGAGACAAAUAGAAAAGAGAGAAAAGCCUGUAGGUCGAGAAUUUUUUCGUUUUUUUCGAUGUAUAUCAUCAUCUUCCUCUAUUUGUUAAAUCCAAUGAUCGUACGUUUCUUAUUAAUCUAAUCGAAGUAUUAUGAGAAUAAUCGACAACGUUACGAAGUAAAUCAUUUUAAAGAAUCAGGUUUUGAGAAUAAACGAAAGGACUAAAAAAGGGUCCCAUUGAGGGUCCCAGAUCGACGACCGGUGUUGUCACAUCUCCGAAAAACGAGAACGAGUAAGCAAGUUAACAAGCAAGUAAGCAACAGCAACACAACGCCAAAAGUGGGGAAUACGAUAAGAGAAAACUCAUAAUUUUUCCUUUAUUUUGAUCGUUCGAAGAGAAUGAUGCAUUCGAUACUGACGUUUGUGUGAAUUCAACUAGAAAACAAAAUAUCUUUUGAGUUAGAUGAUACGGAAACUUAACGAACGAUGGCUCCUCGAGUUCUCUUUGAAUUCAAUCAAAUUACGAACGAUCAAAGGGAAGAUUGAAAAAGGAAAGAUAGCUAAACGAUAAUAAAAUUAUCUAUUUACGAAAGAAAGAACAAAAUUAUAGAAGGUAGAAGUGACAGAUAAUUAAGAUCGUUCGAUCGAUAAAAUAAAAUAUGAAGAUGGUUGAUGAAAUAAAAUCGAGUUUCCAUACGGAAACUUGGCAAAAUGAUACUAUCAUUAAUCUGACCAGCACUAUGAUGACUACGAAUAAUAUUAAUCUUCCAAUCAUACCUAAAAGACACGUGACAUUUCUUUCCCAAGCAGUUCUCACUUUGGUAUACAUUACCGGUGUUAUCGGCAAUGUUUCAGCACUGGUCAUUCUCUUCCAUCGUGAUAAGAGAAGAAACCGUAAACACCUGCUGAUGUUACGUUGCUUGGCAAGUAACGAUCUCGUUGCGUUAUUAGGCAUGUUGGUACAAAUGUAUAUCAGCAUUUACGUGGCCGGUGUUACAUCGAGUCGAGAAUUUUGUUCGCUCAGAGUUGUUUGGAGACUUUUUGGAUUGUUCAGUGGUUGCGUAGCUAUCGUUAUGGCUGCUGAAAGAUGGCUAGCUUUAACAAGACCUUUCGUUUAUCAAAAGCAGGUGACGUAUCCGGUAAUUGUCCGUUGUAUGCUGGCACUUUGGCUGGCUGCUCUGUCAUUGACCAGCUUACCGGUAUUGGGCUUCGGUCUUUAUUACAAAGAUGAUCACUGUGUUCGAUAUAGAGAGGCUACCGAACCUACUGACAUAGCUUAUGCAUACGUGUGGUUCGUUUUCGGUACUCUUCUCUGUCUGUCCAUUGUCUGGUGUAAUUUAGCAGUGUCCAGAGCAUUGAAUAGACUAAGUCGUCGAGUUGGAGCACUGAGACGUAUCUCGAGGGCUUCUUCAAGGGCUAAACCGUUGCUAACUGUAACCGGACCCACACCAGAAGUCGUAACAACUGCUGAGGAAAGAGCUUUUGCCAAACUAAUGGCAGUACUUUCGAUAUCUUUCGUUGUUUGUUGGAUGCCGCAAAUGUUUUCGAUUCCGCUCGCACAAUUCUCGAUGACGUUGCCUAAAAAGAUGGUGACAUUGAAAAAAUGCAUCCAUAUUUUUCACGUCGUCGCUGACAUUCUAUUGUGCAUACACUUCACCUUGGAUCCGUACAUUUACGUUCUCCUACGAAUGCCUCGACCAAGAUUCCGUUUGUUGAAACCACUUUGCCGAAUUUGUUGGCCAGCCAGAAGUCGAUCUAAUUCGUUUACAGGUACAGGUGAUAAUCAUUUCAGCAGUGGUGAUCCACCAACCCCAAUAACCGAAGCACCCUCGACACCCGUUAGCGAGGAACACGAGUCCGAAUUAGCAUCGGUGAAUGUUUAAACAAACAAAAAUAAUCAAUACGAUUAAGUAUGAUUUUAUAUCGACGAUGUAUUUGUACGAAAUACCAAAGUUUUGUAUAUGUAUAUUUUUAUUUAAUCAAUUCGUAUUUACAAUUUCUAGUUUAAUAUUGGACUAAGUAAGUCGAGGCAUUCCGUAUGAAUUAGGGUGAUUUAAUGAAGGAUGAAAAGUAUGCGAGUGAGAUGGAUAAAGUACUUGUUGUUUUUUUUUUUUUAGUAUAAACCUUUAAGUAUUUUUUUUCUCUCUCUAUUUCUUUUUUGAUUUUUCUUUUUUUUAAUAUACAUAUACAUACUAUUAUCAAUAUUGUCGAAAGUUUACGACGUUUAAACGAUUUUUCUCAUCGAUAACUCCUAAUCAUUUGCCACGUGCAAAUGACAGCGCGAAGUUGGACGAUUCGGAUAAUGGUGUAAUCUUUCGUCAAUUAUUACGAUCAAAAACCCUAUAUAUUUAUAUAUAUAUACGAGAAAAUAAUCGAUAUUAUUAUUUCACAUUCUUUUUUCUUUUUUAUAUUCAAUUUAUUAUUCGAUUAUAAAUAACGUUUCGACGAAUUUUUAUAUAGUACGUUACGUUGAAUAAAAAAGAAAAGAAACAAAAA